UUUGAAAGGGCAUAGUCUACGAUCUGUGAUUGAUCUAGCUAUGAUAGCAUCAGUACUACUGGUGGCGGUUGAGUGGAGCUGUGAGGCGUGUGUGAUUACAGGGCAGUGGUUCUCCGUUUCGUUACACAGGACGGUGGAGCAGCACCAUAGCCCCGAGUCUCCUCCUUGGUUCGGCCCAACGUUAACCUUGACCGGUCUGACCCCUACCUGGGGCCCUCACCGACCAAUUCGGGUUCCUCGUUCUUGUGCCGCUGAGCAGAAAUCGCAUAUUCCCACGUAUCGCAGUCAUGACUUUGCGGGACGCGCUCCUAGCAGGCCUCAACAGCCUACCAGGAACUCGUGAGUUCCAUCUUCAUGUCUUGGUCUCAUCACCCAGAAAGCACGGCAACCUUUUCCCGUUUGCGAAUCCGCGACCAAGGUCGUACUUGCAAGACAUUUUGAUUCUGCUUUCCGAGCAAACCACACCAGACUCUUCUCCCGUGUUCGUCUCUGCAAUCGAAGCAUGCGUGUAUAACAUCCCUACGACGUCCUGUGCGAUAUUGUAUGUCUCAAAAGUGGACUCUACCGGACAAGCAACUGCACCAUCUCCCACCCCAGCUCUUGUUCGUGCACUCCUGCUGUUCUACGCAGACCCUGCCACGCGUCCCAUCUCCGCCAACCAUCUAUGGAUUCACGUCUUUGCGAGAGCACAGAAUCAAUAUCUAUUUCCAAACUCUUCAGAAUACCCGAACAAGCGCCCCCUAAGCGACAUCAAGCUCUGUGCUUGGUGGAAACGCCAAUUCAGCACUGUCGUAGGCGAGUUAGCGACUCGCGUGGGAGAUAUAUGCCGCACCAAACUGUAUUAUAUCUUACCCGGUCUCAGCGAGUUUGAAGCUCAUCACUCGUUGGAGCGGGUAUACCCAUCGACUGGUUCGUGCAGUUGGACAUACGGUCACCCUUAUUCGCAGGACGAAAUCCCCCUACCGUGUCCUUGUCCUUCGGGAGGCGAUUCGCCUCGUCAUCUUGGGCAAUGUAUACCAUCAUUUGAUGAUGACCCUAAAUCUCGAUUUAUCGAUGAGAUUGCGUACACGACGGAUGCGGAUGGGGUGAGGUCCCCAGAGCGAAAACGCGCAAGAGCGGAUACGUUAAAGACGCACGAAGAAGACAUAUCGUCAGCCGACGCUUCAGAAAAGAAGGAAGGUCGGAGUAAAAAAGAGGACCAGACGCUUAAAGAAGUCAAGAAGGUGUCUGUGGAAGAAUUCUGGGAGCGGAUGUCGUUCCGACAGGAAUGUAUUGCAGGGGCGGUCACCGGGUUUUUCGUGAUUGCUGUCUCUAGUACCGCCAGGCCGGCCUCGACACUCACUACGAGUGAAGUGUCACCACUUGCACCCCAAGCAGGGCAGGUUUCGUCGCAGAUGAACAAACGUGUGUUGACGUCAUUAUUGACUGCUCACGAAUUUCCAUCUGUGGAAAAGGCGGUGUGGUCGACUAAAGUGAUUGAAGAUACCAUACGAGGGUUGUGCGAUGGACUCAAGUCGAAUCCUCUUCCGCUUGUCAUAGCAGACAGAUCGGGGCGACAAACGCCUGAGCCUGAGCCUAUUCGGAGCACUCUAGCACCUCCACAGACGCCCCCACCUCGUCUUGUGAAUGGAAAGAGACCGAUCGUUGACAUAUCUCCCAAUCCAUUUCCGGAACCAGUUGCUUCUCUGGAAACAUACCACUCGUACAUAUAUGGUACGAUUGCGGUCAAAAAUCGCCCACCGCCGACAAAGGAAGACGGGGAAGCCACAAGCGCUGGUAACGGCAGACCUCCAAUAAUCACGGUGUUGACGGCGAGGAAGAAGCGGACGAAAUCAUAAAGAGAUGCGCGGUGAAUAACGUCUAUCAGAUUUGAAAUUGGCUUCUGGGAGGCUACCGCGUUUACGUCGCUUGGAUUUUGAGGUUUCACUGGCUUGUAAGAGGAUGUAGUUGAGCGUCGCGGGU